AUGUGUGACAGAGGUGGCAUCGAACUCUUACAGUCCAAGAAGGAAAAUGGGUGAAGAUCACAGGACUGACAUCAACCACAGGAUCUCUUUUAGCGGCUGUGGGCCAAGCAUGGCCUCAGUGGGCUUAGGAACAGAUAGUGGUAUUGGUACGACAAAGGAGGGGUGGGGUUGAGAUGACCAAACUGUUCCCAUGGCUUACUGUAGCAUUCCAAAAUAGUCUUAUUUCCCCAUAGACCUAGACUUUUGGUUGGAUUGAGUACUGUACAGUCGUGGUCAAAAGUUUUGAGAAUGACACAUACUAUUUUUCACAAAGUCUGCUGCCUCAGUUUUGAUUAUGGCAAUUUUGCAUAUACUCCAGAAUGUCAUGAAGAGUGGUCAGAUGAAUUGCAAUUAAUUGCAAAGUCCCUCUUUGCCAUGAAAAUGAUCUUAAUAAAAAAAAAAACAUUUCCACUGCAUUUCAGCCCUGCCACAAAAGGACCAGCUGACAUCAUGUCAGUGAUUCUCUUGUUAACACAGGUGAGAGUGCUGAUUGAGUUAGAAUAACAGACUGGAAGCUUUAAAAGGAGGGUGGUGCUUGAAAUCAUUGUUCUUCCUCUGUUAACCAUGGUUGCCUGCAAGGAAACACGUGCCGUCAUCAUUGCUUUGCACAAAUAUUGCUGCUAGUAAGAUUGCACCUAAAUCAACCAUUUAUCGGAUCAUCAAGAACUUCAAGGAGAGAGGUUCAAUUGUUGUGAAGAAGGCGUCAGGGCGCCCAAGAAAGUUCAGCAAGCGCCAGGACCGUCUCCUAAAGUUGAUUCAGCUGCGGGAUCGGGGCACCACCAGUGCAGAGCUUGCUCAGGAAUGGCAGCAGGCAGGUGUGAGUGCAUCUGCAAGCACAGUAAGGCGAAGACUUUUGGAGGACGGCCUGGUGUCAAGAAGGGCAGCAAAGAAGCCACUUCUCUCCAGGAAAAACAUCAGGGACAGACUGAUAUUCUGCAAAAGGUACAGGGAUUGGACUGCUGAGGACUGGGGUAAAGUCAUUUUCUCUGAUGAAUCCCCUUUCCGAUUGUUUGGGGCUUCCGGAAAACACCUUGUCCGGAGAAGACAAGGUGAGCGCUACCAUCAGUCCUGUGUCAUGCCAACAGUAAAGCAUCCUGAGACCAUUCAUGUGUGGGAUUGCUUCUCAGCCAAGGGAGUGGGCUCACUCACAAUUUUGCCUAAGAACACAGCCAUGAAUAAAGAAUGGUACCAACACAUCCUCAGAGAGCAACUUCUCCCAACCAUCCAAGAACAGUUUGGUGUUGACCAAUGCCUUUUCCAGCAUGAUGGAGCACCUUGCCAUAAGGCAAAAGUGAUAACUAAGUGGCUCGGGGAACAAAACGUCUACAUUUUGGGUCCAUGGCCAGGAAACUCCCCAGACCUUAAUCCCAUUGAGAACUUGUGGUCGAUCCUCAAGAGGCGGGUGGACAAACAAAACCCCACAAAUUCUGACAAACUUCAAGCAUUGAUUAUGCAAGAAUGGGCUGCCAUCAGUCAGGAUGUGGCCCAGAAGUUAAUUGACAGCAUGCCAGGGUAGAUUGCAGAGGUCUUGAAAAAGAACAACACUGCAAAUAUUGACUCUUUGCGUAAACUUAAUGUAAUUGUCAAUAAAAGCCUUUGACACUUAUGGAAUGCUUGUAAUUAUACUUCAGUAUACCAUAGUAACACCUGACAAAAAUAUCUCAUAACACUGAAGCAGCGAACUUUGUGAAGACCCAAACUUGUGUCAUUCUCAAAACCUUUUGACCACGACUGUACAAUAUGUAGUUAUAACAGCGGGGGGAGUAAUGGGAGUGGAACUCUACCGGGGCUGUAGAAGUACCGCCUUAGAUACUUGUCCAAACAUAUUAGUAAUGUUAACAGUAUUUUUACUAUAUUAAUAUAUUCUGUAUUUUCUUGUUCCCUUACCCCUGACGACUUGCAAUGUUUCCUCUACAUCCUCAUGAUGUUCUUCUAUCAACCCUGCUUAGGAUGAGAGAAAGUCCUCUAGUGCUAACGGACAUGAAGAGCGCAGUAGGAAGAAGUAAGUACUGAUUUUAAACUCUUUGCUAAACCAUCUCCACAUUAUCGUGUCAGUUAGUUGCUACUAGUCAUGCUUCAAUCAUGUAACCUUUUGGAAACUGCAUCAGUGAUGGAUAGGAGAUGUCUGAAGUGUCUGUUUACAAUUGUAUUCGGUGACUGCACCCUGAUAAUGUAAUCCUGUGUUCCAGGAAAAAGAGGAGCCCGAGCUCUGACAAGCGCAGAAGCAAGAGCAAAGACGGGAAGAAGAGCCGGGAUCGGAAGAGGAGCAAGAGUCGGGAGAAGAAACGGAGCCGCAGUAAAGAGCGGCGCCGCAGUGGCUCCCGUAGCAGCGAACAUGCUGUAUGCUACAGAGGACACCGGAGCCCCUUGUAUGUAUAGCAUGGUUUUCCAAACUCAGUGCACGUUUUGGUUUUUGCCCUAGCACUACACAGCUGAUUUCAAAGAAUCAACUGAUCAUCAUGCUUUGAUCAUUUGAGUCAGCUGUGUAGUGUAAGGUCAAAAAACCAAAACGGGCACCCCUUGGGUUCCUGAGGACCGAGUUUGGGAAAUGCUUAUGUAUAGAGUAUUUUUCCUGUGUCACAAUUUUUGGGCUUCCUUAUGUCUUGUGUUCUGUCUGUGUUGUCUGCAGACAAAAAUGGGUUGGAUUAAUCUGCUAUAUCUCCUCGUUGGACGUAAUUUGUGGUUUCCACCGUGAAAGCUGUUGUCUAUAGAAACUUUGUGGUGAUGAUGAUGAAAUGAAACCGGGUUUUGUAUUUAAAAGCGGUGUAGUUUGUUGCCUUCUAUGUUGAAGUUCACGCAUGAGACGGAUAACUGAAGCCAUAGCCCUGGGGUUUGUGUCCUCAGGUCAACCCCCUCCCUGUUUAUGUGACCGGGCUGAUGUGUUUCAAGAGAAGUAGAAUACACAAAGUAGGCCCAAAUGAGGGGGGGGGGACUAAGUUGAAUAGAAUAAUACUUAUCUAUUAAAAACCUAUACAGUUUGGCAUAUAACCUUAAUCAGUAGGAGGCAUACAUACUGAGCUGAACCUUGUUUUACACCCUAGUUUAGGGCUGAAAUUUUAUGGUGGUCCGGGAGGGAAGAUUGGUCCACCACAUGCCAACAAACUAAGGUUUUUAUGAUUAAAUUCUUUGUGAAUUGUUGGUGGUUGCCUUUUGGAUGUCUUGUCAAUAAAGUAUGUAUGUGAAGUCUGGGUAAGAACUAAACGUUGUGAUUGUACUUUUUUUCAGUUGGAGACGCUCAAGAAGUCAUAGCCCCUUCAAGAAAGACAAGAGUCCAGUAAGGUGAGAUACACAGCCGGAUUGUCUAGGUAGAAGCCGCAGUGGAGAGGGUAAAAAGCUUCAAGUUCCUUAGCAUGCACAUCACGGAGGACCUGAAAUGGUCCCUCCACACCGACAGCGUGGUGAAGAGGUUGCAACAGCGCCUCUUCAACCUCCGGAGGAUGAAGAAAUUUGGCUUGGCCCCCAAGACCCUCACAAACUCUCACAAACUUCUACAGAUGCACCAUCGAGAGCAUUCUGUCAGGCUGUAUCACCGCCUGGUGCGGCAACUUCACCGGCCGCAACCACAGGGCUCUCCAGAGGGUGGUGCGGUCAGCCAGCGCAUUAUCGGGGGCACACUGCCUGCCCGCCAGGACAUCUACAGCACCCAGUGUCACAGGAAGGCCAAUAAGAUCAUUAAGAAGAUGGAGACCGUACAGGUGCAUCAAAGCUGGGACCGAGAGACUGAUAAACAGUUUCUAUCUCCAGUCCAUCAGACUGUUAAACAGCUAUCACAAGCAAGCUGGUACCCUGCCCUGAACCUUAGACUGCUGCCCUAUGUACAUAGUAAUUGAACACUGGUCACUUUAAAUGUUUACAUACUGUUUUACCCACUUUAUAUGUGUAUAUACUGUAUUCUAGUCAUGACUUAUCCUAUAUAACUACUGCUAUAUACACCAUUUAUAUACAUAUUUAUAUUCUGGACAUCGUACUGAGACGUCUUAAUUUCUUUCGUUUUUUAAAUUUUGAGAUUGUGUGUGUUGUUGUAUUGCUAGAUAUUCCUGCUUUGUUGGAGCUAGACGUAAGCAUUUCGCUGCACCUACGAUCAAAUCUGUGUACGCGACCAAUAAACUUUGAUGUGAUUUAGAAGCGCUAUCAUGGUUUCAGACAAGUUUUGUGAACAGGACUCUUUGCUCACCAUUCAUGAAAAUGAUCUAUGUUACUCAGUUUUUUUCUAUUUUUCAAGGCAACCAAUUGACAACCUGACCCCAGAGGAGAGGGAUGCCCGUACUGUUUUUUGUAUGCAGCUGGCAGCCAGAAUCAGACCACGAGACCUAGAGGACUUCUUCUCAGCCGUGGGGAAAGUCAGUAUUCGCAGUUUACAAACUUAAAAGUAUAUUGCAUUAUCUCUUUGACGCAUGAAAUAAUUCAACAUCGAGACUUUAUUUAACUACUGGUCUUUAGGAAGGUGCUCACUCUUGAUACACGAUUACUAUUUUAUCCCCUGUAGGUGAGAGACGUGAGGAUGAUCUCCGACAGAAACUCCAGGAGGUCAAAGGGCAUUGCCUACAUUGAGUUUCUGGAAGUGAAUUCAGUCCCGCUGGCUAUUGGCUUGACUGGUCAGAGACUUCUAGGAGUGCCCAUCAUCGUGCAGGCCUCUCAGGUAGUUGAUUUAACUAUAACAUUUAGCAUUGAUGGAAUUAGUAAAUGUGAUGUCACCUUUCACCGCUUACUUGGCAGAUGGCAUAGACUCACCAUUUUGUGUGUGUGCAGGCUGAGAAGAACAGAGCUGCAGCAAUGGCCAACAACCUUCAGAAGGGUAAUGCUGGCCCCAUGCGGCUGUAUGUGGGCUCUCUGCACUUCAACAUCACAGAGGAGAUGCUGCGAGGCGUCUUUGACCCUUUCGGAAGGGUAAGGAGGAAACACCAUUACUUAUCAAUUACAUUUUAACCUCCAUCUACACUAACUCUCUUUAUAUAUAUAACUGUUUUCAUAAACAGAUUGAGAGCAUACAACUGAUGAAUGACAGUGAAACUGGACGAUCCAAAGGAUAUGGUUUCAUCUCAGUAAGUUCCUGAUUUAGACUUACAAUAGAUUGGGCUGUGUGCCAUUUUAGUUAGCUGAUUCACACUGUGUUAUUGUAGUUUGCAGAUGCAGAGUGCGCUAAGAAGGCCCUGGAGCAGCUGAAUGGCUUUGAGCUGGCCGGACGGCCCAUGAAGGUUGGUCACGUGACGGAACGCACCGACUCCUCCACCGCCAGCUCCUUCCUGGACAACGACGAGCUGGAGAGGACGGGCAUCGACCUGGGCACCACCGGACGCCUGCAGCUCAUGGCCCGGCUGGCUGAGGGUGAGAUUUGGUCUUUUUGGCGCUCAUAAUUACCAUUAGGUUUAUUUGUCAGCCGUAAGUGAAAGUUGAGCUUAGUAUUCGAUAUCUCUACCUGUUGUGCUUAAAUGUAAAACUAAUUGGUCAACCAAGGUGUUGAUACCCCAGUUGACUUCUAUAAUCGUUCCAGUAUCGUUCAAGUUGUUUUGAAUAGCUUUGAACAGACUUGAUGCUAAUGAAUAGUUUGUUUCCCUCAGGUACUGGUCUUCAGAUCCCUCCAGCUGCACAGCAGGCUCUACAGAUGACUGGUUCCAUCCACUCUACUCCAAUCCACUUCAGCAACAUGGCAGCUGGUACAGGUAGGCUCGUUAUCCAUGUGGAACGUAUCAUACUGCAUAUUGUGGAAGGAACUACUCAUCUAAGGACAUUUGAAGUUUGAGCUUAUUGAUACCUCAUGCAAAUGUGAAAUGCACCACUAAGUUUGCUUUGGCUAUUAAUCAUAAAACUCAUUCUAAAGGUAGGUAGCAAAGGAAAGCUGUCAGACAUGCUUUGGCAGUAUGAUUUCCAGUGACCUUUUUGCUCCUCCCUUAAUUUGGUCUGUGAUGUAUCAGAAAACGAUGCAAAGCCUCCCGAGUGGCGCAGCGGUCUAAGGCACUGCAUCGCAGUGGUCUAAGGCACUGCAGACCCGGGUUCGAUCCCAGGCUGUGUCACAAUCGGCCGUGACCGGGAGUCCCAUAGGGCGGCACACAAUUGGCCCAGCGUCGUCCGGGUUAGGGGAGGGUUUGGCCGGGUGGGCUUUACUUGGCUCAUCACGUUCUAGCGACUCCUUGUGGCGGGCCGGGCGCCUGUACUGGCGGUCAUGGAUGCACAUAAUGUUAACCCAUUUAGUCUCCAGAUAAUGUGAACCCUCUUUGCAAGUUGUCUUUUUUUUAUGCCCCCUUUUUCUCCCCAAUUUCGUGAUAUCUAAUUGCGAUCUUGUCUCAUCGCUGCAACUCCCCAACGGGCUCGGGAGAGGCGAAGGUCGAGUCAUGCGUCCUCUGAAACAUGACCCGCCAAACCUCCGACACAUUGGUGCAGCUGGCUUACGGGAUAAGCGGGCGGGUGUUAAGAAGCCUUGCAAAAGUAUUCAUCCCCUUUGGCGUUUUUCCUAUUUUGUUACAUAACAACCUGUAAUUUAAAUAGAUUUUUCUUUGGAUUUCAUGUAAUGGACAUACACAAAAUAGUCCAGAUUUGUGAAGUAAAAUGAAAGAAAUAACUUGUUUCAAAAAAUUUGAAAUAAUAAAUAACGGAAAAGUGGUGAAUGCAUAUGUAUUCACCCCCUUUGCUAUGAAGCUCCUAAAUAAGAUCUGGUGCAACCAAUUACCUUCAGAAGUCACAUAAUUAGUUAGAUUGCACACAGGUGGACUUUAUUUAAGUGUCACAUGAUCUCAGUGUGUGUAUAUAUACACCUGUUCUGAAAGGCCCCAGAGUCUGCAACACCACUAAGCAAGCGGCACCAUGAAGACCAAGGAGCUCUCCAAACAGGUUAGGGACAAAGUUGUGGAGAAGUACAGAUCAGGGUUGGGUUACAAAAAAAUAUCCGUAACUUUGAACAUCCCACGGAGCACCAUUAAAUCCAUUAUUAAAAAAUUGAAAGAAUAUGGCACCACAACAAACCUGCCAAGAGAUGGCCGCCCACCAAAACUCACGGACCAGGCAAGGAGGGCAUUAAUCAGAGGGCAACAAAGAGACCAAAGAUAACCCUGAAGGUGCUGCAAAGCUCCACCGCGGAGAUUGGAGUAUCUGUCCAUAGGACCACUUUAAGCCGUACACUCCACAAAGCUGGGCUUUAUAGAAGAGUGGCCAGAAAAAAGCCAUUGCUUAAAGAAAAAAAUAAGCAAACACGUUUGGUGUUCGCCAAAAGGCAUGUGGGAGACUCCCCAAACAUAUGGAAGAAGGUACUCCGGUCAGAUGAGACUCAAAUUGUGCUUUUUGGCCAUCAAAGAAAACACUAUGUCUGGCGCAAACCCAACACCUCUCAUCACCCCGAGAACACCAUCCCCACAGUGAAGCAUGGUGGUGGCAGCAUCAUGCUGUGGGGAUGUUUUUCAUCGGCAGGGAUUUGGGGUUUAUUUAUAAAUCUAUAAAAACAUGCAAAGAGGGUUAACAUUAUCUGGAGACUAAAUGGGUUAACAUUAUCUGCAUCCAUGACCACCAGUACAGCGGUUCUUCCUUUAAAAGUUGUGUCAUACUGCAGCACAGCUUGCGGUGUGCUGCGGAAUGGUAUGGCACUGUUGGAGUGCAUGACGUCAUAAUAUUUUACUGUCAGCCAUUGUUGCCAUUUAAUGUUAGUUUGACCACCAGAGGGCAUCUUUGAGAAGCUAAGUUAUUGAAAUGACGUGGAGCUGUAGGCCUAAGAGUCCUGUUUACUGUAGCUGUUUUAGCGUAACUUACUUAUUGGCAUAAAGGCCUACUUCAAUAUACAGGUUAUCAUUAAUUCAUUUGUGCAUGUCAUCACACAGCAUACAAGUCAUCCAUGUCUUUAAAUACAGUCAUGCGUUUUAGUUAUAAAAUGAAAUAACAAAGGGAGCCUUGAAUAAUUAAACAAUGAAUAAACCGCAACAUGUCGGCUAAAGCGAUUGAAUUCACAAAUGCAUUUGACUGUUUUUAAUAUUGGCUGUACUAGAGACUUUAAAACCUUUUUUUUUGUUGUUAGAACAGACUAUAUGGGAUUGAUAAUUUGUUUGUAAAUUAUUAUUGUAUUUGUUGUGCUUUUUAUACUGUUAGAAAUGUAGCUUAAUUAAAUUGAUUAAUAUUAUGGUGUUUCUAUUCCAAGAAAAACGAAAAUGCAUUUUACAGUAGGCUAUGUAGGCCUCAGUGUUUCCGUUAGGAAAAUAUGGCGCUGUACAACGUGACUGGUCAGGAGUAGACCUAGGCUUAUAAGCGACUGCGAGUGAAGAGCAAAAUAAUCCUACAAUUUCCACACCCUCAGUCAACACAUAUUUUAAGAAAUAAUGGUAUAUAACAGACCAUUUUUGUUUCUCUUAGAAUAAAAACCUUACAGUGUAACAACCAUUUUAAUAAGUAAUAAGCUACAGUCCAGUUAAAGCUUCUUCUGACAAAGUAGAAACAAAGAGCAAAUCUUACACAAUUGUUCUAAAUUCAAUAACUCUUCUUCAUCCUCAUCAUUCCAUUAAUUCAAAUAGAAUUGUAAUACAUUUUGUCACUCCUGUUCAACAACUCCAAAUUGAUUUUGCAUGUGCUCUAAAGGGAUAACUUGAAAUAAUAUGAUAUAGGUUAAUUAAAUAAUCAAAAGGAAAAAUGUGAUUUAUUUAUUAGCCUAGUGGAUAUAAGUAUUUUAGGCAUAUUGUGAAUUAGGCCUCAUGUAAAAUCAUUGUCAAAGGUGCAAGAGAUACUAUUGCAUGACAAACAGGUGCUGUUAGAUUACAAUAAUUUAUCUGCCAGUUUGGAACAGUGUAAACAAUACUAAAUAAAGUAUAAGUAAUACCAGAGAGUCUGUUCUAAUGAAAAAAUUAUUGAAAAGCCUUUAAUACAGCAUAGCAAAUUUUAAAAACAGCCGGAUUUAUGAAAUUGCUUUAUCCUACAUUUUGCGGUUGCAUGAGGCUUGGUGAUCACAGAAUCAGUAGGAUAUAAAACAAACACUCAAACAGGCAAUAGAAGCAGGAACAGCAUAGGGCUGAGUGACUCACUCAUUCCUGGCUUUCGUUCAAAAUAAGUUAUAAUGCAGGGUUAAAUAAGACUCAACUCUGACUGACCGCAGCAUCUAUCGGUAGUCUAAACUGUGGCACAAAUUGGGGGAUUUUUCACACCUAGCCAAGCUAUUAGACUAUCCUUUUGUAAAAAAAUAAAAAGUCAGUCCACAAGUGUAAUUGCGCUAUUGUAUUUACCCAAGUUCUCUCAACUCUGGGACCACCCGUCCUCUUCUUUGUUGUUGCCUGAUGCAGGACUCAAGUGCCAAAGAGGAGACUCUUGGACUGAAACAUUCACACCUCCAUUAAUUUAGGAAAAGAUAGUCAAUUUGUGCCACAGUUCAGACUACCGAUAGAUCAGCGUUCUAACUCCCCCUUGUGAUAGUGUGGUGCAAUGACAGAAUUACACAAUUUAGCACAAUCUGCCACAAAUGGUAGCGGCAUAAGCUCAAAACUUUUGAUUGAGGAACCACUGUAUAUGAUCAUCUCAAAUGAACCGCCAUAAGACUUCUCAUCUUUUCUCACUAUAAUUUCUCCUUUAAUGAUCUCUUCCACAUUUAUCCAAUAGAUCCACAUGUAAACACUAAAGGCCAAUCCGGCAUUGCCACCAACACUCAUUAUGAGGUAUGUUAAUCACUUCUGAUCACAUCCCUGCAACAACCUGCCAUGACGUUGUCAGCCUCUGAUGAAAGAGUUGGUCUCUGAGAUGUCUAUGUGAAAGCUGUUUUUUCACUCACCGUGGCCCUGCUUGAAAAGAGCACAUUGAAUAUCAUGGGCAACUGGUAUGAAACCCAGAAUGAGUUUACAUCAUUCAAGUCAACCCGUGUGUUGUUUUGACUUGCCAAAGCCAGCAGUUUGUCUUGCUAAGUGAAGGGACUCUUCAAACUUAUGUAACACACUACAAUAUCACAGUACCAUGUUAGAUGUGAAUGCUGAUAUUGAAGUAGCAUGCAGAAACAGGAUAACCUUUGCUUCUCUCACAUUGUUUGCCAUAUGCAAUGGCUGUCCUCUUCUAGCACCUAGGCCUAAUGGUUUGAUGUGCAGCGUAGUAAGUCCAUGGUCUUCAUCCAUUGUGCAUCGUUCCAUCCUCACAACCUUUUCUAACUGAAGUGCAAGUCUUUAAUUUCUCUUCUUCUAAUCUUUUAGACAUACAAGCCAGGCUGAACCCACCCCCUGAAGGUGAAUGUGAAAGAAAGUGUACAGCUUCUCAAAUCUGCACAUGAUUUAAUGCUCAUCUAAAAUAAAUCAUUUCGUUUCAAGUUCUCAUGUUUCAAACCGGAGAGAAAUCCCCCAUGGUCAUUUUUUCUUGUAUUGGUCUGAAAUCAUUGCGGUCAUGCAUACCCACAUUUAUUUUUGUUUAAGCCACAUUAUAAGAUUCUCAAGCUGUCUGUUAUUAUCUCUGGUUUUCUUGUGUGUAACUACAUUGUGUCCAAACGUGCAUUGAAACAACACAGAGGAAAAACCAGUCCUGUACUUUGAGAUGUAUUCAUUGAUUGUCUUGGUAAAGGGGGCAGGGAAUGGAAAGGAUGGUCAGCUUGAUGUUCUCAGUUAGAAGCAGGGUUGGGGUCAGUUAAUGCCAUUGAAAUUCCAGUCAGUUAAGGAACUGAUCAAUUCCUCAGACAGGAAUUGAUCUGCACUUGACUCCAGCUCUGGUGAGAAGGACCUCUGUUAAUGAUACUGUCAUCUCCUUUUACAGCUCCUGCCACCCCUUCACUGAACCUGGCUCCAAGCAUGAACCAGGCCAUGAACCUCACAACGCAGCCACUGGCUACUCACUGCCUACAGCUGUCCAACAUGUUCAACCCACAGUCGUAAGACACUACUUUAACCUUUUCAUUUCAUGAUGAAAGGAAGCAUUGUUUUAGAGUUUUAAUAAAAUUCACUGAACUAAGUUCACAAAUGCAUCCCCAAAUAUAAUAUUAGGAUAGAAUUAGAAGAUACUGAACGAUUGUAAACUAAUUAAUUUGUUUCUGGGAGCCAAAAAGUAUUUACUUUCAAUGUAAAUGUAACUGGUCAUUUCCUGAAGCUGGGUUAGGUCAGAUGAGUUUGAUGAAUGGCUUGAAAUUACCAGCCUCUUUUCCAGGGAAAAUGAACCCGGCUGGGACGUCGAGAUUCAAGAUGACGUCAUUGAGGAGUGCAACAAACACGGUGGAAUUGUCCACAUAUACGUCGACAAGAACUCCCCUCAGGUAAACCGCUUUUGAAAUGCACUUUAAAGAAGUGAAUAGGUCUAAGGUGGUCCAGCAAAUUGCGCACUUUGUAAAUAAAUUAUAAAUGCAUUCACCAUUUCUUUAUUGUCAAUUAUACCAUUUUACCCAUCAAAUAGUCUGUUGCAAAUUGAACGUUGUCUUAUUGCCCUUACCUCAUUACUUCUUUCCUUUAUAGGGCAACGUGUACGUAAAAUGCCCCACAAUCCCAACAGCACUGGCUGCAGUGAAUGCGCUACAUGGGCGGUGGUUUGCAGGUGGGUAUCCUUGUACCAAUGGAUUAUGUAUGGUCAUUCUUUGAUAUUUAUAUACCUUGCAUUUAGAUCAGUUAUGUUUGUGGCUAGGGAUGGUGGGAACUAACCAAAAUUAAAUAGUACCAUGUUUAGGGAAUUUCUGCUGCUGAUUUGUAAUCUAUAGCUCGAUUAUGUUCUUUAGAACUCUCAGGUUUCUACAUUUAAUAAAUGACUAAUUCAUAUGUAUUUGACAAGUAUUGAUGUUUUUUUUUUUUCCUCUCUCUCUCUGUAGGUAAAAUGAUCACUGCAGCGUACGUACCCCUCCCAACCUACCACAACCUAUUCCCUGAUUCGGUAACGGCCGCCCAGUUAUUGAUGCCUGUGCGGCGAUGA